AUGGGACUCACCACUUCCUUUAGACUACUUCUUGAGCACCCAUCCAAGCUUGCUGGACUCAACCAAAUCGACUUGCAAGAGUGUCGUAGGAGAGGGAUAUCUGUAGCUUAUGCUGGAAGCCUGUUUUCUGAAGAUGAUGCUGAUAUAGCAGUAGGGCUAUGUUCAAGGUUGCCAUCACUGAGCCUUAUUGUCACCACAAGUGCUGGACUCAACCAAAUCGACUUGCAAGAGUGUCGUAGGAGAGGGAUAUCUGUAGCUUAUGCUGGAAGCCUGUUUUCUGAAGAUGAUGCUGAUAUAGCAUUAGGAGGCAAGAAAGUUGGGAUCGUUGGACUUGGAAGCAUUGGCCAAGAAGCUGCAAAAGGGCUAGAGCACUUUGGCUGCAAUAUCUUGAACAACUCGAGGACCAAGAAACUAUGUUCAAGGUUGUUUCAGUUAGGAGGCAAGAAAGUUGGGAUUGUUGGACUUGGAAGCAUUGGCCAAGAAGCUGCAAAAGGGCUAGAGCACUUUGGCUGCAAUAUCUUGAACAACUCAAGGACCAAGAAGUCAUCUGUGCCCUAUCCAUGCUAUUCAAAUGUCUGUGAACUAGUGGCAAAUUGCGAGGUCCUCAUAAUUUGUUGUGAAUUAAAUGAUCAGACUCGCCACAUGAUUAGCAAGGAAGUGUUAUAG